AUGAGUCUUAUUUUAAAGAAUAAUGUAGUCUUUCCUAUCUUUAAACAUUAAGAGACCUUGACUUUCCACCGUAAGGAACAACCAACUAGAACAUCUAAGCGAUUUCACACUGUUGCCCCAGUUAGACGCUUGGUUUCUUAAUCAACCAAACCCAUAAAUUUGACCCAUUAAGGAGAAUCAAUCUUUGAAAGAAGUCCAAAAGAAAAAUUAAAAACAUCCACCACUCCCAGACCAACAUUUAAAAAAGAUCAUAGUUUAUAAGGCUACUUGGAUCAUUUGAAUUCUGUGAGAACAUUUCGGUCUCCUUUGGUUGGUGAUGCAACAAUCAAAAAAAUUAAAGAGGAAGUGGAAUUGUUUUAAACUGAAAGUCAGACAACCUUACAAAGAUUCAAAUCAUUAAAAGAAUAAGGAGAUAAGCGUAAGAAGAUAAGUUUGUUGGAAACAGUUCGUAAUCCCUUAGCUUAAUAAUAUAAGAAAUUCACUGAAUAAUUGUAUAAUCUAAUUCAUAAUCUUCAUUUAUUGAAAGUAUAAGUUCAUUGUAAAAAAAGGAUUAUUUGAAUAAUUCAAGAAAACUGUUUCAGGUAGUAAAAAAUUAGAUAGGAAUAAGAAAAAAUCUUUAUAGAAUCUUAAUAAAUCCUUAGACAGAGGAAUUAUAUGAAUUCUCAGAGAUUUCUCGUCUUUGUUGUAUUAGAGAUAUUUAAUUUGUAAAUGGGGAAUAGAGAGUAAUUGAGAAAUUUGAUUUGACAUUGAUGGAUGAUUUAAUUUAUAUGACUGAUUCGAUAAAACAAUUGUUACAAUAAAAUUAGUUGAAGGCUAUAGAAAGGAUGCGUGAUAAUGUAAUCUAAUUUAUUUUUUAAAAAGAUUAAAGUAGAAAAGAGUGAGAUUAAUAAACUUAGAGGGCAAUUAGGAAUGAGAGAGGAGAAUCAUCAAUUAUCAAUUGGAUCUGCAGCUAUGUAGAGAUUCAAACCUCAUUUGGAAUUAGAAAACAUUGAAUCCAGAUUAGGAUUGUUAAAUUAAAUUCCUAAAUAGGCAAGAUGGACAUCUUAAUUACUUUGUGAUAUUGUAGAUAGAUUAAAUGAAUGA